GACAAACGUUGAUCGGAGGGAGAAGUGAGAGGAAGAUUAAAAGGAGCAAAGCUUCACUGUAUCGACUCUCAACAACCAUCAACCAAGCAUAUCAACAAUAACAGACAUACCACCCUUAAUAAACAAAACCCAUUAAACCAUUAUUAAAUUGUCUUCCAUUCUCGAAUCUUUGUCCUAAUUUUUUUUCCCAACACUUCUCUCUCUCUCUCUCUCUCUCCAUUCAUUCACAAGUUUUCAAACUUUCAUUCAUGGAUGCCCACCUUCUCUUCUUCUUCUCUUAGAGGUAAACCCUUUAUCCUCUCUUCCCCAUCCUUCUCCUGCCUCCCUGGUUUCAGCCCAACCUGCAUCCCAUACCCCAUCAAUCAAAAUCACAACUUUUCAAACACCCAUUUGAUAUUUUCCUCAUUCCAUUUGAUAUGUUGAGCUCUGCCUGAAAGCAAAACAGAUACAGAGGCUUUGCAUGUGUCAGCACUCUCUCUCCACAUGGGUUUCAGAAUGUCUCACACAAAAAUAGCUGGUCUUCUAUUAGCACCUACAUCAUAAUCCUCUUCAGGCUAACGCAUUUCCUGCUAAAAAAUUUUCAGCCUCCACUUCCCAAUAUACGGCAUUAUUGGGGUUGUGAUUUCCACCAUGCCAACCACAUUAAAAGGAAUCUACAAGAGUUUCAAAUUCAUCACACAAAUAUUUGUUGUGAAGGAGCGUGAGAUGGAAAUUGGGUACCCGACAGAUGUUAAGCAUGUGGCUCACAUUGGAUGGGAUGGCCCCUCAGGAACUGGACCCAGUUGGAUGAAUGAUUUUAAGACCGCGCCUGAUUUUUCAACGUCUCUAAGUAACUUGGGAGAACUGAGUGAUCCUAAUCCCAUGGCUGUCACUACAUCAUGGUCCUCCCAAGAUUUUGAAGAACCAACUGGAAGUCAACCAACAUCAAACGUUUACAAAGGCAUCACUUCUGCAGGGGCUGCUCAUGUUCCUAAGAAGCCCAAGCAGAAAAAGACCAAGUCGACUUCCUCUUCUGAAUUGCUAUCUGCUUCAUCAAGACAAUCACGAACAACAAAAUCAAAGGCUACAUAUAAUGAGAGAGAAGCAACACCAAUUGCUCAGGUGUAGAUGGUUCUAGACUAUAAAAUUAGUGAGAGAAAAAGAUUUGGCAUUGUGAAUAGCAAGACUAUGUUCUCAUCUGGUAAUCCAUUAGGGAACGAAAGAAAAUAAAGGUGGUCUGUGAAAGUUCUCCUGCUGUUUAGAAAAUCCUAAUCCACAGA